AUGGCUCCCUUAGCCGAGGUCGGGGGCUUCCUGGGUGGCCUGGAGGGCCUGGGCCCGCAGGUGGGCCCGCACUUCCUGCUGCCUCCUGCCGGGGAGCGGCCGCCUCUGCUGGGCGAGCGCCGGGGCGCGGCGGAGCGCGGCGCCCGCGGGGGCCCCGGGGCGGCGGAGCUGGCGCACCUGCACGGCUUCCUGCGCCGCCGGCAGCUCUACUGCCGCACCGGCUUCCACUUGCAGAUCCUGCCCGACGGCAGCGUGCAGGGCACCCGGCAGGACCACAGCCUCUUCGGUAUCCUGGAAUUCAUCAGUGUGGCAGUGGGACUUGUCAGUAUUAGAGGUGUGGACAGUGGUCUUUACCUUGGAAUGAAUGACAAAGGAGAACUAUAUGGAUCAGAAAAACUGACUUCUGAAUGCAUCUUUAGGGAGCAAUUUGAAGAGAACUGGUAUAAUACCUAUUCAUCGAACAUAUAUAAACAUGGAGACACUGGCCGCAGGUAUUUUGUGGCACUUAACAAAGAUGGAACUCCAAGAGGUGGUGCCAGGUCCAAAAGACAUCAGAAAUUUACACAUUUCCUGCCCAGACCAGUGGAUCCAGAAAGAGUUCCUGAACUGUACAAGGAACUACUUAUGUACAGUUGA